AUGCUGUUGCUCCAGAUAACUUGGCAUCCAGGGCAAUUAUGCAUGGCCCUAGUAUGUCUCCUUUGUCUCUGGGAUGUAGGAUCUACUAUUAAGGGAGAGUCUAAGAAAGAAAAAGGAGUGGCUUUUCUAGCUACAACUGAGCUGCCUGCAAAGACAGUUGAUCUCUCUACAGUUAACCUUACAGAGCUAGUGAAUGGGAUGCUAACCAAAGCCUUGAAAGGAGACAGCAAAAAAUUCUUCUCCUUGCUGAGCAUAACUUCUCACAGUUCAUUUGCCUUCCACAAAUUCUCAGUGGUGAUUUAUAACAUUUCUAACCUGAAAAUCAUGGAUCCCACCAAGUUCCCUACGAGGUACUGCUACUGUUUAAAUAAUCGGACCAAUGACCUCUCAGAUUUUACAGCUCUCCUGGUUGACAUCAUUGGGAACUCCACUAGCUACCUCACGGAGAUUUUCAAAUCAACCUCAAUUCUCUCAGUGAGUCAGAGCACUGAAUUGGACUGCAUCUACAUCUGUGUGAUGACAGGGAAAACAGGUGAGACAGUGGGAAGGAAUCUUUCUGACUUCUGGGAAAUGGUGGAGAAAUCUCCUGUUAUUAACUACACAUUUACCAGUAAUGUCUCUGGUGUUCUAGCCACUAGAAUGACUACCUGGGCUCAGAGUGAGUCUUUGAAAAGACCUGAAGUAACAGCUACAAAAUUCCCAUCAUGGACACAGACCAUGAAAUGGGAAGGAUCUGGAAUUUCAUCUACUAAAGUUUCUUCUCUAAUACAAAAUGGACUUUCAGAUGAAGAUGAGAUCCCACAUACAAGAACACCUCAAAGGCUUCCUUCCCUUACAAGGGUUAUGAUAACACAAGGAACUUCAUCCCAUGCCUACCUAACUUCAGUGUUGAGUUCUUCACCAUCAUCUAUGACUCUCACCCCUUCUAAGAAAGGAGAAGACACAACCAAUGAAUUUUUUCUCUCAGGAACAGAUACUCCAGGCACAAAUACUCCAGGACCAACCAAAGCACCUGCACCAAAACCGCCACACACUGUUGACUUUGGUCCAGCUUUGAUAUCUCCCUCUCAGAAUCAGUCAUCUCCUUUCCCCAAAAUCUACAUUGUAUCAAGAUGUCCACAGCCACUGCUCAAGGACAAAGAGAUGACGACCUUUCCUCUCACCCUUAGUCUCCAAAAGAUAAACCCUUGUGUCAUGGAGCUGUGUCGAUAUUUUCAACAAUGUCUCUGCAUUAGUCAAGAGCAAUAUUCAAGAAAAGAUACUAUGAGGUUCUGCAUUGAAUACUACUCCUGGUUCUUGAGAAGUGCAACAUACAUCUGCCAGAGGGUGACAAGGAUGGCUCAUUCCCAUACCUUAAAGCAAAAAUGUCUUUCAAACAUCUGCACAUCUGUCUGA